AUGGGGAGGAAAUGGAGCGAUGUACUCCUGGCCAUGGCGGUCGGCGUAGCCUGCGCCGCGACGGCCGCCGUCGCCGCCGAAAGGGGGCUCUCGUUCGCCGGUGCCGUGGCGGCGCCAGCGCGGCCGGAGGGAGUGAGCUACCUGCGCAAGGCGGCCAACUUUCUGUGGCAGAGUGACGAAAGCUCUUACCACGUGUGGCCGCCGAUGGAGUUUGGAUGGCGAAUUGUGCUAGGGACAUUCGUUGGAUUCAUUGGAGCAGCGUUUGGGAGUAUAGCUGGUGUAGGUGGCGGUGGGUUCUUCGUGCCAAUGCUGACCUUGAUCAUUGGUUUUGAUGCAAAGUCAUCGGUGGCAAUAUCAAAAUGUAUGAUAAUGGGGGCAGCUGUGUCGACUGUGUACUGCAACCUUAAGCUGAAACACCCAACUUUGGACAUGCCAGUGAUUGACUAUGAUCUAGCAUUGCUUAUCCAGCCAAUGCUUAUGCUAGGAAUCAGCAUUGGUGUUAUUUUCAAUGUGAUAUUCCCAGAUUGGCUGGUCACAAUUCUCUUGAUCAUCCUUUUCAUAGGCACUUCAACUAAAGCUUUUCUGAAGGGUAUUGAGACAUGGAAGAAAGAGACAAUAAUGAAAAGGGAGGAGGCUAAGCAAUCGGAGCAAACAAGUGAAAUGUAUAGACCACUGCCCACAGGACCGGAGGCUCCAGCUAGGUCAAAAACACCUUCAGAUCAUGCGGUAUCUAUUUUGCAAAAUGUUUACUGGAAGGAGUUUGGACUUCUUGCCUUUGUUUGGAUAACAUUCCUUGUGCUCCAGAUCACUAAGAAUUACAUACCAACUUGCUCCACAUGGUACUGGCUUUUGAACUUAUUACAGAUCCCUGUGUCAGUUGGGGUGACCAUGUAUGAAGGAAUAGGAUUGGUGCAAGGGAGGAGGGUUAUAUCAUCGAAUGGAAAUGAGCAAACCAAUCUAAAAUUUCACCAGCUACUCAUGUACUGCUUUUUUGGAAUAACUGCUGGUAUUGUUGCUGGUCUGCUUGGUGUUGGCGGCGGCUCAAUCCUUGGACCCAUGUUCUUGGAUCUUGGAGUCCCUCCACAGGUUGCAAGUGCCACUGCCACCUUCUCAAUGAUGUUCUCAUCUUCCAUGUCUGCUAUUGAAUACUACUUCUUGGACCGGUUCCCUGUGCCAUAUGCUCUUUACUUGACCGUUGUGGCCUUCUUUUCUGCGAUCGUCGGCCAGCGAGUGGUUAGGAAGUUGAUCAAUUGGUUGGGGAGGGCAUCGAUCAUUGUCUUCACAUUAUCCACAAUGAUCAUCCUCAGUACAUUCCCUCUAGGUGGAAUUGGUAUCUCCAACUGGAUUGGCAAGAUUGAGCGACAUGAGUACAUGGGAUUUGAGAACAUCUGCAAGUAUGAUGCAUAGGAGGACGUUAAAAGGUGUCGUAUAUUUUUUAAAUAUAUACGAAGAACUCGUGGGAUGAAUAUUUGCUAUGAAUUAUAUGAUCACUUAAUAUUUGAUUUCAAUAUAUACUAUAAGAAGAC